AUGGUUCUAACAGUUGACUGGAGUCAAGCCAAAACCCACAAGCCCAAAUACAUUGCCGAACAAAAGAAACGAUUGACUAAAAGAUUGCAAGAAUUUGCUAAUAAGGUUCAUAGAAUUCUUCUUAAAGCCCAAGGCAAAAUUUUAGAAAUACAGUCCAUUGAAAAUAAAAUAAAAUUGAUAAAAGGACCGAAGAAUAUGCGACGAGGUGUUCUUAUGUCUCUGCUUCAAGAAAGUGCAAAAUCGAUUCCAAUGUGGGCUGGUAUUGUCGGUCAGAGUCCCCCACCACUUUGCGGUGCAAUUGGAGCUCCUAAUAACCUAGACAGCAGUUUGGUUGCUUCUGGCGAUUAUGUCGCUGCCCUCGUACCUGACUUGGAUUGUCCUGAUGCGGAAUUUGUUCCUAAUGAAAGUUGGAUUUUGGCCGAAGUGAUAUCUUUUUCGCGAGAAAAAAAAAAUUUUCAGGUUGAAGAUGUUGACGCUGAGGAGGGCAAAGUACGUUAUACUCUAGAUCGUUCCAAGGUGAUCUUACUCCCCAAGUGGAAAGCAAAUCCAAUCUUAAACCCUGAAGCUAUUUUUCGUAAAGGAACUUUGGUCCUUGCACUGUACCCUCAAACGACCUGCUUCUACCGAGCUGUUGUAGAUACCCAUCCAGUGCAUGCCCAUGACGACUAUUCGCUAUACUUUGAGGACCCUAGUUAUCCCGAUGGCUACGCUCCUUCAAUUCGCAUUCCACAACGCUAUGUCAUCCUCUGUCCUGAAUGCGAUCGUAAAAGUACAAGGCACAGCCGGGGAAGACUCUCAGGCAUAAAAAAUUAA